GGCCACGAGUUGCCUGGCGGGGCUCGCGCAGAAGGGAGUGGGAGCGCGAGAGAGACAGAAGAGCGAGAGAGAGAGAGAGAGAGAGAGAAGCCGCCGAGAGAGAGAAGCUCGCGGUCACUUCGAGGCUGAGAAAACAGGGAGGUUCUGGCACAGCAGGACUCCGGAGGCAUCCCACCUGGGAGCUGUCCCUCUCCUGAAAAAGUUCUGGGACUGGGCAGCUUGAGGAGAGAGAGGAAGAGUGGAACUGAGGAAGAGGAGGAGGAGGCGGCGUCGGUGCCCUACCUGCCCUCCUUUUUCCUGCGUUUGGUCUCCCGGCCCACCCUCAAGUUCCCUCCAAAUAAAGUGGGAGAGAUGCACCGUCGGAGAAAAGGCUUCUGCCUCUGCUGCUUUCCUCUGAGGCUGGGAACUGACUGGGAAAGGCGCACCUGUUGAAGAGCCCUCCGUUUCCCGCCGGAGGGGGGUCUUCAGUGGCGCGCGCCAUGGCCCACCCGGGCGCGGGAGGCGUCCCGAUUGGCUGAGCCCGGCGCACGAGCUCUCUCCCCCUCGCGCCGCCCCUCCCUCUUAUUUGCCUCCUCCUCCUCCUGUGGAGAUGUGAGGGCGCUGCCCCAUUGGGGUCGCUGCGCCAGAAGUUGCCCGUCUUCUGAGGGCAUGGAGCAGUCCAGCCCUCUCUGCCAAGCAGACCUCGCCAGCCUGGAGGUUUCCCCCCACCAGCACGCCAAUGCCUCCUCUCCCUCCUCCCAGAACUGCAGCUGGCAAGAAAGCCCCGUCUACCAAGAUGGCACCCCACUCUCCUGGAAGGUUGUCCUCGCUGCCCUCUUGGCCCUCAUCACCUUGGCCACCAUGCUCUCCAACGCCUUUGUCAUUGCCACCGUCUACCAGAGCCGCAAGCUCCACUCACCUGCCAACUAUCUCAUCGCCUCCUUGGCCGUCACCGACCUCCUAGUCUCCAUUUUGGUCAUGCCCAUCAGCACCAUGUACACUGUGACCGGGAAGUGGACCUUGGGCCAAGUGGUCUGCGACAUUUGGCUCUCGUCGGACAUCACUUGUUGCACGGCUUCCAUCCUCCACUUGUGUGUGAUCGCUCUGGACAGGUAUUGGGCCAUCACCGAUGCAGUCGAGUACUCCACCAAAAGAACUCCCAAACGGGCCGCCGUCAUGAUUGCUCUGGUGUGGAUCUUCUCCAUCUCCAUCUCAAUGCCCCCGUUCUUCUGGCGCCAGUCCAAAGCCGAAGAGAUGGGCGACUGCAUGGUGAACACCGAUCACAUCUUGUACACGGUCUACUCCACGGUGGGCGCCUUCUACUUGCCUACCUUGCUGCUGAUCAUCCUCUACGGGAGGAUCUAUGUAGAAGCCAGGUCUAGAAUCCUGAAACAGACGCCAAAGAAGACGGGCAAAAGGUUGACCCGAGCUCACUUGAUAACGGAUUCCCCUGGUUCGACCUCCUCAGUCACCUCCAUAAACUGCAAGGCCUCUGAAGCUUCCAGUGAGACAGGGUCUCCGGUGUACAUGAACCAGGUCAAAGUGAAGGUAUCGGAUGCUUUGCUGGAAAAGAAGAAACUGACAGCUGCCAGAGAGCGGAAAGCUACCAAGACUCUAGGGAUUAUUUUAGGAGCCUUCAUCGUGUGCUGGCUGCCCUUCUUCAUCAUCACCUUGGUAUUGCCUAUUUGUAAAGACGCUUGCUGGUUCCACAUGGCCAUCUCUGACUUUUUCACAUGGCUGGGAUAUCUUAAUUCUUUGAUCAACCCCAUCAUCUACACCAUGUCCAACGAAGACUUCAAGCAGGCCUUUCAUAAAUUGGUACGGUUUCGAUGCACAAGCUGAAUUCUGAAGGCUUGAAUGCAUUCCAAGCCUUCAAAGACGAGAGCAGGAGGCUUGAAUGCAUUUUGUGUGUCUGAUUCUGCAGGUAGGUGGAUCAUUCUUACCCGUGUUACUGUCUCUCUGGAAAGCAAUAUCUGGAAUGGCACAAUGGAAUUCAGUGCAGGGGAGAAGCGUGCAAACAUAGUGUAGCUUCUCCUUCAGUGUUGAAGUAGCUAUAAAACCUCUGAGCCUUGGUUAGAGAUGCUAACACCACUUAACAAUUGCUGAAGGAAGUUAUUUGGGCCAUAAAAAAGAUUAUAUCUCCUGGAUUGUUAGAGCCAUUGUGGUAGGAGUUGGAGAGCUUUUUGGACAACUUCUUUGGAGACACCUCCUUCACCCAGCGUGACUUGAACUAAAAGUUUGUCAUCUGAUCUCCUCUGCCAGGAGAUUGUUGCCUCUCAGCCAUCUGUGUUUGAAAGCCCUUUGCCAAUGUUUCACUCCUUUUUUUCCUGCUAGCUUGCUUAAUUAAAGACUAUGCAGAGUGGACCGUAAGUGAAUUGCGCAUGCUGCUCAAAACCUUAGUAGUCAUACAGAGCAGAAAGACCUGGAAGAAUUGGCUCUGGUAGUCUGAAAAAGCUAAGCACUCCCUUACUUAUAGUUUAAAAGCCUUGGGAAAGAGUAAGGAAGUGAAUCAAAUACUGAAGAGCCCAGCAUGAGAAAAGCAACUCAUUCUUAUUUGUAGUUUUUGUACUGGUGUUGUCAUCUUUUUUGUUUAAUGACUUGUCGAAUUGUAACCAAUAAGUCAAAUAGUGUGUAUGUGUAUAUGUUUGUGUGUGAGUUCAUGCAUGUCGGUCUGCACACUUGAGAGCCAAAGCCAGCAAGCAGCUUUGUUAUUAUUUUUUGUUAGUACCUAUAUGUUCCUGACAUCUUGCUGAUGACUCAUGUACAGAGCUUCUGUUAAUUCACAUAUUAAUAUUAAUACAUAGAGACCAGUUAAUGCCAAACCUUCCUUUCUUAACGCAGUCUUUGCUUACAAGCUCAACAUUGUUAGUCUGUCUUAGAAAAGAAAAUCUGGUGUUUAUUCCCUAUGUUGAUGCUAAUCAAACUGCAGCUAUCAAGAUUAAAAUGACACAUUAAAUGAGCCUCAUUAUUUCUUUUAGAAAAAGAGCCUUCCCACCCCAGUGCAAAGCAAUUUUCCCUCGCUCUGAUUUUAUAAGCAUAUUCCUUCCACUUCAGCUCUCCGUGUCAUAUUAAGCACCUUAAGGGACCUGCUCUCUUUUCCAGAAAUACUUUUCCAGAAAUCUCUUUUCCAGUAGUGAAGAACUCAUGCAGUUUAAAAUUUCUUCGCCAUUGCUCCCUCUUCUUCUUACACCUCUACCCCACCCAGUCAGUUCUUCAGUCUUUUACAAAAGUGGAGGAAAGAUUUUAACCACAUGGCUCAACCAUAUUAUUCACCUGAUAAAACAGUAAGAAAAAUAACCGUUCCAGUGCUCAGAGAACUGUAAAGUUCCCCUUACAUUUGUUGUUGUGCAAAAGAUCAGAUUUGAACCGUACUUACUGCUUUGACUGAGCAGGGUAUUUAGAAAAUCAUGUUACAUCCUUCCUGUAUUCUGUAAUUCAUGUACGGGAGCCUGCUGAUAUCCCACAUCCCCAGACUUCAAGUUAGUGAACUUAUUUUGUAUCUCAUAUUUGGUAGAACCCAAAAUCCUCUGUAUUAAACUUGUUUCUCCUGUCCAUCCCCCUGCCACAGACUUCAGUUCUGUCCAUAGCUGAAAAAUGACCAUAUCUGCCCAUUACACAUUGUUGGUCACAAAAACAUGAAAGGCUUUGUCUAGAAUGUUACUAUUUGUCAGAAAACUAUGUUGUUUAUCUUCAUGAUGCCCCACACCGGACAUAUUUUGCUUUGUCUAUCUGUGAGGAUUAGCCAGGAAAUCCAAAUAAGGCUCCUUAUCAUAUGCUUUUACCUUUAUAUAAGGACACUAUUUGGAAAUAAAUAGCCAUUAUUCCUCUAGUGACAAAUUGCAUGUUUGUAUGUGUGUGUAAGAGUCACCUUUUACAUAGAGGGUCUAGAGCAGGCAUGGACAAACGUUGGCCCUUCAGGUGUUUAGGACUUUAACCGCCACUAUUGCUAACACCCUACCAGUUGUUAGAAAUGGUGGGAGUUGAAGUCCAAAACACCUGGAGGGCCGAAGUUUGCCCAGGCCUGCUCUAGAGAGUUCCAGAAAUUUUACCCUUCUGAGUGCAACAUCUUUCUUCUGCCACCUAAUGUUACACUAAUGGCAGCUGGUAGAACCAUGUCAGUGAGAUGCUGAAUAAUAUACUCAAUAUUUUCACCUAAAUUAUAAGAAGCCACCCAAGGCAUUGAGAUUAUUUUGAUGCUAGACUAUACAGAGAACUCCUUUAAAGUUUGGACUGGAAUCUGGAAUGGAUUUACCUCCCCAAUGACAUGGAACUAUGAGCUAAUAUUCUGUUGGAAGAACCACCUGAAGAGGCAUUACCGCAGCUCUGCUAUUAUACAAGAAUGAAAUUUCAGUGCCAUUUCCCCAUAGAAACAUGAUGGUUUACAGAAUAUCAUAAGUUAAAAACCCUGUUCCCAAACCUAACAGAUCCAUGUUCCAAGGGGAUUAAAGUCUAAGUGCUAUCAGAGAGGAGGCAAAGGCAAAGAAAAUAGAUGGAGGAAAAGGGAGAGAAAGCAAGAGAUAACAGAAUGAAUGUGAAGAAAUGCAAAAAUAUGCACUUGUUCUUUGUAUUGAAUCAAAAUGCAAUUGAAAUUGGGUUGGAUUUUAAAGACAUUUCCAUUCAGUUCUUUAAGAUGGUAUGCCAUUCACCUGAAAUGGGGGGGCGGGGGG